GCAGCAACAGAGUCUGGAUGAAAAGAAACGUGGUUGGAGGAGAUGGUGAUGGUUUCCUCUGAUCACUGCAGACCUGUUCAUCAUAUACAAUAAUACAUUUCAAGGUUAAAAGUUAAAACCACUCGUUUCCAGAUUCAUAACUUCAGUUUACACAACUUUAUGUGAAACAGUGGAAGAGUGAAUUUCUUCUCGCAACGCGUGAAGCUGAAGACAUAAACAUAUUUGGAGUUUUGUGAUUCAAAAUAAUUCGUCCUCGUGUCUGCGGCCACGCGUCGCUGUCACCUGCUGCCAGAGUGAACCAGUUCUUCCACUCUGAAUACGACUGAGGUGUUUGUGUGUCAGCUGAUUCACUCCGUCGCCUUCAGCCUGCGAAGACGCUCGUCGUCUUCUGCUCCUCAUCCUUUCCUCCACUUCUCCUCCUCUGCUCCUCCAGGAAGAGGAGACGGCGGUGUCACUGUCUGGUCCCGUCAACCCUGUAACGCUCUCCUCUCUCGCAGCUGAGGCAGGAGAACAUGGCGGUGGACGUGGAGGCGUCCUCGCCGGCCGGACAGGAGGGUUCCGCCAUCCGCUGCCGAGACGUGUGCCGGUCGUACGGAAAACUGAAGGUGCUCAGCGACCUGAACCUGACGGUGCCACAGGGACACAUUUACGGCCUCUUGGGCCCCAGCGGAUGUGGGAAGACCACGCUGCUGAAAUGCAUCGUGGGAACCCUGAAGAUCUCGCGGGGUCACAUCACCGUGUUGGGGAAGCCGCCGGCGUAUCCUGGUCACGAAGUGCCGGGGAGGAUGGUCGGCUACAUGCCACAGGAGUUGGCGUUGUACCACGAGUUCACCAUCAGCGACACGCUGACCUUCUUUGGCCGAAUCCACGGCCUGACGUGGAAGGAAACCCGUGCACGCGUGGACUUCCUCAUCGACUUCCUGGCGCUGCCUCAGAAGCAGAGUCUGGUCCGGAAUCUCAGUGGAGGUCAGAGGCGCCGGGUCUCUCUGGGAGCGGCUCUGCUCCAGAAUCCAGAGCUGCUCAUCCUGGACGAGCCCACGGUCGGCGUGGACCCUGUGCUCCGGGCCAAGAUCUGGCAGCAUCUGGUGGAGAUCGUGAGGACGGGGAAAGUGUCCGUCAUCAUCACCACACACUACAUCGAGGAGGCCCGGCAGGCCAACGUGGUCGGCCUCAUGCGGAACGGCCACCUGCUGGCUGAAGGUCAUCCAGAGGCCGUGAUGAAGCAGCACAGUGCCACGACCCUGGAGCACGCCUUCCUGCAGCUGUGCGAGACGUCGGAUCAGGUCGGCGCCAAGCGCGGCUGCAGUCCGCCGGGCGCGGCCUCCGAGAGCAGUCAGUCGCUCGAGAGCGGGCGAGACGAGAGUCGGCCGAUUCUCGGGAUCGGACGAGGAGCCGCGGAGGAGGUCCCCAAAUAUUCAGCGGACUGGAAGGUGCGAGCCCGACACCUGCUGCCCAGGUGGAGGAACAUCGCCGCCCUGAUGAUCAAAACCUUGGUGCGGAUGAAGCGGAUGCCGGGCUCCUUGUGUUUCCAGUUCCUGCUGCCCGUCAUCCAGGUCUCUCUGAUCUGUCUGUGCGUCGGAGGAGACCCUCAGGGGAUCCAGGUCGCCGUGGUGAACAACGAGACCUCCGCCUCGGGCUACAGCCAAUCACUGCUCUCCUUCCUGGACAACGCCAGUGUGCAGCAGGUGCACUUGUCCCAUGCCGAAGCCUUCGAUGGGAUCUAUAACGGAGAGUACUGGGGCGUCAUCGGCUUUGGCAAGAACUUCACCAGCUACCUGACGAAAAGGAUGCUCCAGCAGAAGGUUUCCAGGGAGGUGGUGGACGGAGGCUCGGUCCACGUGUGGCUCGACCUGACGAAUCAACAAAUUGCCAUAAUGCUGCAGAAGAAACUGCACGAGGCUUUUCAGGCCUUUGUGGACAACAAGAUGGGCAGCAUGUCGUACCUGGUCGCUCUGCCAAUAAAGUUCGAGGAGCCGAUCUACGGCAGCGAGAACACGGACUUCACCACGUUCGUGACACCGGGAGCUGUUCUCAGCAUCACCUUCUACCUGGCCGUGGGGCUGACGGCGCUCUCCUUCGUCCUGGAGAGGAAGGAGGGGCUUCUGGACAGAUGCUGGGUCGCAGGUGUGAGCUCCAUGGAGACGAUGCUGGCUCACCUCUUCUCUCAGCUCUUCGUCAUCAGCGUCCAGAUCCUCCUGCUGCUCCUCUUCAUCCUGCUCGUUUUCAAGAUUCCUAACGAAGGCUCCUUGACGCUGGUCAUCAUUCUGAUCGUGCUGCAGGGCGUCACCGGCAUCUCGUUCGGCCUCGUCAUCUCCGCCGCCAUCGACGACGAGCAGAGCGCCAACCAGGCCGCCCUGGGCGUCUUCUACCCCAACCUCAUCCUCAGCGGAAUCAUCUGGCCGGUGGAGUGUAUCCCGUAUCCUCUCCGCUACCUCAGCCUGGCUCUUCCUCAGACCUACGCCUCCGAAGCCCUCCGCUGUAUAAUGUACAGAGGGUGGGGUCUGUCUCGGAUGAUGGUGUGGCGAGGCUUCGCCGUCACCCUGGGCUGGAACACCUUCUUCAUCAUCCUGGCCACGGUCAUCUUGAAGCUGAGGUCGUGAGGGGUUCGUCCCGGACAUCGUUGGGAGGGGCGGGGGCUGAGGGACGGAUGCCGUCAGGUGACGCCCAGAAGACAAGGACUCACCUGGGCCUCCUGUCUGUGGAGGCAGCGGGGAGGAGGAGGAGUCAUGUGGUGCAUCAGUCUCUCUUUCCUCCGGAUGAUGUCUCACGCUCAGACUCGCUCAGGUCGUCCUGCAGCAGCUGCUGGGACCUGUUCCACUGUGGGUGGAAUUUCAAAAUGCUGCACAAGCACAACAUGAAGACGUUCUGGCAGCUUUUUGAAAUGUGUCCCCCCCCGAAUGGGCCGAGCAGCAACUCAGGGUCACUUGUUAUCUUUUGUUUCUGUUUGUCCUCGGUCGAAUCGCCCAGAGAGAUUCUACUGUGAUGAGGUCUGAGGGGUAGUUUUUGUUUUACAUUUGAGUAAAUGUACGUGAGAGUAUACGCACAAGAGGAAGUGGUGUUUGCUUUACAAGCGGAGAAGGUGAGGAGGUCAUCGGAGGGAAACCCUGAACAGGUCGCUCGUCUGCUCUUCUGUCGUGUCUGUGUUCAGCUUCGCGUUCCGUCUAACGUGUGAGACAGGAAGCGGAAACCGCCUCUCGUCUGGAGGCGCGUUACCUGGUGCUCCGACGCAGACGUCACAGAGACGCUGCGUCGCCGUUGACCUAAACUCCACAACGUGUUUUUUUGUGCCUACAUCUAAAAGGUUGGUGGAGGGACAGUGUUGCUAUUGAGAAAUCUUUUAUUUGAAUCUUCUCCACUUUGCUGGACAGAGUGGAGUCAUGUUUGUGCCGUGCUCCGCAUCCAUGCAAAGUCUUAUAUAUAUUUCUUUUUUUACACAAACGUGUCAUUCUGUAUUUUGUUCCUGAAUCUCCCGCCAGCAGCUGAAGCACAACGUGUCGGAGACGUUCCUCGGGGUUGUUGUGUUGUUCAGCGCCGCGGGAAAAAAGGGAAGAUGAGUCCAAAAGAAACGCAGACGUGAGGAAUAGAUCUGAAUAUUAGUCCCGGUCAGGUCAGAGUCUGUGUGAAGAAAAGCUUGAUUUAACUUCCUGAUCAAUAAUGACGAGGGCUACGUUCAUAAAAUAACUCUUCAGGAUACUUUGACAUUGUAUUAUUGGAUGUUUAUUGAAAAACAAAAAAAACUUCAGAUGAUUCUUUUGUUAUUAAAACCAGUAUUUGAA